AUGGCAACAACAACGAACGCCAACCAUGGAGAUCUGAACAACACCGAAGUAUUACGAAAGACUGUGGCUCUUUCACCAGAUCCAGCCUACGCAAGGACGACACUUGCGAUUCCAGAGGACAAAGACGACCAGAGCAUACGAGAUCAAUAUCGAUCGUACUUGUUGCCACACGAUGUUGCUGCGAACGAUUGGGUGUCAAAACUUGAGCUCAGCACGGCGUUGAAGAUGGCUGAAGCAGACAUGGAGAGAACGGGCGGUGAUCGAUUGAAAGUCAUGGUUCUUUAUGGGAGUAUGCGAAGUCGCUCAUACUCACGACUGCUCGCCUACGAAUGCGCACGAAUACUGUUCAGACUUGGAUGUGAUGUGCGAGUGUACAAUCCCGAAGGAUUGCCAAUGAAGGAUGAUGUACAGCACAACCACGAGAAAGUGCAGGAGCUUCGCGAGUUGAGCAAGUGGAGUGAUGGGCAUAUCUGGAUCUCGCCUGAACAGCAUGGCAAUCUCACAGCAGUCUUCAAGAACCAAAUCGACUGGAUACCUCUCAGCACCGGCUCCGUUCGCCCAACUCAAGGCCGCACACUCGCCAUCGCUCAAGUCUCAGGCGGGUCACAAUCCUUCAACACCGUCAACUCCCUCCGUAUCCUCGGCCGCUGGAUGCGCAUGUUCGCCAUUCCCAACCAGUCCUCCGUGCCCAAAGCAUACACACAGUUCACUGAUGCCGUCGAUCCCGCGGACAAGGAAGCGUUCGUCAAAGCAGAAGGUGGCAGUCGACUCAUGGCUUCAGGCAAUCGCGAACGGCUCGUGGACUGCAUGGAGGAGUUUGUGAAGUACACUAUCAUCAUGCGGCAGCAUUUUGAUUUGUUCAAUGAUCGGCAUAGUGAACGAAUGGAGAAGCAGGCGAAGGCGGAGAAGCAGAAGGCUGAUGAAGCUAAGGCGUUGUGCCAUUCUCAUGCUUCUGACGCUGCACAUGCAUGA